AUGGCUGCACAGUUUGGGGAAAACUCUUUUUGCCACUCCAGCAUAUACACUGUACCUGCACACUGGGCCCUGCCGUCUCAGACGUCGGACGAUAUGGUGACCGUUGAGAAGCGAUCAAAUCUCAGGUUGCUCAGGAUGUUAUUGAUUCUGGACCAAGGCGACACGCGCGCGACUCGCCAUGGAGACUGUCUCAGAUUGUGUACUUACAACGCGAGAACAGUGUCCACGGACGCUGACCUGCAUGCCCUUCUCGAAGCUGCAGAGCGUAUCAAAUUUCACGUUAUUGCUCUGCAGCAGACCAAGUGCAGAAGGAGCGACGUACGACAGAUGAAUGACGGUACACUCGUCAUUCGUGGAGAGAAGGUUCCGUCGCGAAAUGUAGGCGGUGUUGGUUUCGUUGUGCACCCAUCUGUCGUCCAUCUCGUCGAUUCUCACGAGAUCCUGUCACCUCCAGCUGAUGAACCCGAAUUGGACGCGUUUUAUGAGGAACUGGAGGAAGUAAUCCGCAACGAGAAGUCCUUCUACAAAUUCGUUGUCGGAGACUUCAACGCAAAACUAGGAAAGGCCACAGAAGAAGAAUACAGGGUUGAAAGAUUUGGACUAGGGGACCGGAAUGAAAAUGGCAAUCGUCUCGUCGAGCUGUUGCCCGCCGCUCGCCUUUUUCAUGAGAAUUCUCUUUCCAUGGAGAAGAAUAAUCGUCGGUGGACAUGGGAAUCGCCCAAUGGCGCGACUCGUGCAGAGAUCGACCACAUACUCACCAACCGGAGGUGGUGUCUACUUGACGUCUCAAUAGUACCAUCCUUUCUUAGUGGUUCUGAUCACCGUCUCCUUCGUGCGAAAUACGACUUAACCACACGAUGGAAAGAACACCUGCUAUCGGCAACGAAGGAGAAAAGAAGUCGUCUACGACUCGAGGAAUCCUUGUCUCAAGCUGACUGGCACAUCGAGGAGGACCCAAACGUGGACUACGAGAUGCUGCUCAGAGGAUUACGAGCCUGUUCUGAGCGUGCCUCGGAGCGGCGCACGACAAACUUAUAUCGAAUUUCGAAGACCACCAAGGAAUUGUUGGGAAGAAGAGGGGCUUUGAGGCUUGAUCCGAAUGCAUCGCACAUUGAGCGGUUAGUAGCAAACACUAGCUGCAGAAAAGCGUUGCAGGAGGAUCUUUUGAAAUACAGGCAGAAGAAGAUUCUGGAAGCAGCACAAAGAAGAACGAGUUUAAAGAAGUGCCGCAGGGAUCUCCACGAAUAUAAUAUUCCGCUAGCAACCUUGCUGAGCGAAGACGGGACUCGCACGUCUUCUCGUCGCGAGAUGGAAAUCAUUACGGAGAGGUUCUACUGGAACCUUUUCCGUUCAUCAACUCCUGUGUCAAGCCUGAUCAUCUCCACUGAUAAAGCUCCACCACGGAUUUCCCUUCGGAAGUACGAGUCGCUAUCAAGAGCAUGA